AUGGAUCUGGAUGCACUCUAUCAUGAUGACUUCCAGUCAUCUGACCUAGAGAUCGAUGAUGAACCAGAGCAUUUCGCCUCAGCUGGCUCUCGUAGCAUCGAGACGAUGCUCAACACGGCUUUUGAGGCCCGCUGUCAGUCCAAAAUAGGGUCAAAGAAGCUCAAAUACACAGCCAAGGCCCCUGGGACUCAGUACCUUUCUGCCCUCUGGGCCAACCGCUUUCAGCUUUUCCGCGAAUCUUCUCUGGGCUGCGACCGUAAAUCAGUGCCCACAGCUGACCAGAUCAUUCGCUAUCUUUACAGUAUCCCCAUCCAGAUCCGGGGUCGAGGCGAGGGUGGAGCUGUCUCGUUUGGCUUCGUUAAGGCUGGUCUGACCUAUCUCACCAAUUGGGGUAUUUUUACGUUCGAGAACUUCCGCCUGACUCCACACGAUACCAAGCGCAUCAGCUCGGCUAUGGAGACUUUGGUCCAAGACGGCAGCUUCACACGCCAACCGACACGUGAGGAGAAGCUUUGGGUCACGAGCGACAUUGCUGCUCUCAUGAUCAAGGCAGUGCUCAGGGACGCUAUCACGAACGGCACGCUCAAUUGGGACCUUACAAUCCAGCGGGUACUCGCAGUGCUGCUCUUGUCAUCGAUUGGAGCACGAUCUGGCGAUAUUGCUCGAACAAACCGUUACAAGGGGAAACAAUAUCUCAGUUGGCAGGAUAUUACCAUCCGAGUAUGGCCCAAGGACCCUCAGCGACUCUGCGCCACCAUAUCCCUCAACUACACCAAAGGGAACAAACACAAUCCAGAUGUGCAACUCAGAUCUGAGUUUAUCGAGUUCUCUGAUCCAUCAACCAACGUCCUCUGUCCGAUCAAACUCCUCCUCAUAUACGCACUUCGCACUGGCGCUGUUGAUGCAACCUCGUGGAUCAAUCUGAGACGCGAUCUCAGCUCCAGACGGAUCCAAAAGCUGCCAUGGAAAUACCCGCAUCGUCCAGUCAUCUGCGCAUCCAUACGGCCGGGCCAGCUCGACCUCGACGAGCCAGCCGGAUCCGGCAUGAUGAUCAAGCACAUUCGGCUCGCUGCGGAGGCUGCUGGAAUUCUCAAGGCUGUCAUUCCUCACGACUUACGGCGCGGCGCGGCAUAUGAGGCGACACUUCUCAAGAAGUCGAUCCGACAUGGUGCGAACGAGGCGGCACGGAGCGUCCUAGGCCAUAGCCUGAAUUCCGCUGAGAGGAACCUCACCGCUUCUUACACUGGCCACUCAGCAGAGCCAACAUGGGCCAUGAGACUCGAGAACGACAUCACCAUUCGUGCCAACAAGAUCAUCGACGUCGCCCCAACCAGCCUCAAGCGGACCAGGGCGAGCACCGAGCUCAUUACCCGCGUCUGCGUUGAGGAGGGCCUCGAUCCAGGAAAAAAACUCGACCGCGAUAAGGCUUCCAGACAGAAACGAACCGAAACCACCACAGCGACUAGGGCAACUGACAAUAAGGACGACGCUCUGGACCGGUUCCCAAUAGACCCGGAGCUCGAGAACUACUUCCUGAAUUUACCCUCUCAGGAGGAUCGGCUCAGUUAUGGAAGCCCCUCGACCCGUCUGCCCACCCCUAGCAACCUCAGUAGCGUUUGUACGGUUGUGGCUGGCGACAGAAACAAGACCCCCGAGGAUGCCGAGGAUUUUCCUGCAGACUCAGAUAUUACAGGAUUCUUCCAGAACUUCUCAUCUCAGCAAGCACACCUGGAUGAUGAUGACGAGCUCGCCAUAAGGGAGACUGGUGUAUCUACUCUUGAUGAAACAGCCGAGCAGGAUGACGAGGCAUUGGCGUUCUGUGGUGAUGUCUUGGGAAUAGGCCGUGAGGCUUCGGUUGAGCUACCUAAUGAUAUGGACGAGGGUCUUGUCAGCGCCCUUGAGUCAGCUCCAGCCAUCAUCGAGAUGGAACCACCCAUCCUCCAGGCCAGCCCAGAUGAGUUUGCAACCUUUCUCUCUACGGUCAACAGCUACAGCUGGAAUGUUUCCCGCGAGCACAAUGCAAUCUCGCUCCCAAAGUACGCAAACUCAGUCGGAUCUAAGGACCCUCCGUCUAGAUGGAGGCAUUCUUGUCCAAAUGACGGAUGUCAGUUUACAGCCUUAAAUAACCACGAGAUGGAACGACACCUCAAGAUCUGUGAUGUCUCUAAGACUGCAGACUACAAAUUUAUCUGCAACAUCUGUCAGGCCAGGCUCAAGUCAUCUGGCUCGCUCAGGGACCAUAUCAAUGACAUCCAUAACUUUCCACCAACCUUAUGUACAGUUCAAGGCUGCACUAUCAAGACUCCAUUCACAUCCAAGUACCAGCUUCGGGUACAUAUGGAGAACGAACACUCCGGCUGGGCCAACAAGACAUGUCCAGUACCCACAUGUAACCGCGCCGAUAAGCCUUUCAACAGAUUGUUAAGGCUUGAGGAACAUAUCCGCAAGCAGCACCCGGAUUUUCCUGAAGACCAGCUCCAGGCAUAUCUCCCGGCCAAGAAACCCAAGGUUCCGCCAUAUAAACCUCAGAGGUGCUCAUAUCCUGAUUGCACAAAUAAAAACGUGCUUGAGACUCGGGCCCAGAUGCUAUCCCACCUUAACGAGGAUCUGGAAGACUUCGCAAAAAAAUACUUUUUCCAGCAGGUCACUGGUCAAGCUUUUGUCUCGACCUACCAAACCACCUUCUACAAGACCAACGGCUACGCUGAUCAGGCCUUCACGUAUCCCAUCAUCACCAACUGCCUCAACAUCGUUUCCGUUGUUCCGGGAAUGAUUCUCAUUGACACGCUUGGUCUUCAGGGCCUCUGGAUGUAUGUCCUCGCCGGCCUUGGCCAGAAGGCAGUCAAGUCCCCCACCGAAAGCAACACCAUCGUCGCCGCUUUCAUGCUAUACUCGUUCUUCUACAAUAUGGGAGGUGCCUCUAUCCCCUACCUUCUCGGAACUGAGAUUCCCAACGCAGCCCUCCGUGAGAAGACACAGUCGGUGGGAGCGGCCUGGAACGUGCUGUGGGCCUUCGCUACCAACUACUCCAUCCCUUAUAUGAUCAACGCCAUCCACUUCCAGGUUGGCUGGAUCUUUGGCAGCAUUUCGCUCCUGGCCUUGGUCGUCACCUUCCUUAUCCUCCCCGAGACCAAGGGCCGCGCUCUGGAAGAGAUCGAUGCCAUCUUCGAGGUCUCCUUCAACCCCUUCCGCCCGAGCAAGAUCCCUUGGACCGACGCCGAGCGCCGCGUCGGCCAGCUGGAGGGCGAGAAGAUGGGCCCUGGCUCAGAAUCCGGUAAGGCUGUCGACGCUUCUGAGGACCCCGAGGUCCGCCAUGUCCAAGCUUGA